GUUGAGGAAAUGGAAGUGACACUACGUUGGGAGGAUGUUAAUUAUAGUAUAAUUCGAAAGAAUAGUUAUUGGUGGCAGAGACGAAAAAAAACUCCGGAAAUCCAUCAUAUUCUUCAGAAUGUAUCCGGUGAAGUAUCCACUGGUGAUCUCGUUGCCAUUGUGGGUGCAAGUGGAGCUGGUAAAACCACUCUCUUGGCGGCAAUCUCUAGAAGAAUUCGUGGAAACAAAUUGGCGGGAAAGUUCACGAUCAACUCGAGGGAAAUUGAUCGCGAAGAAAUGACAAGCAUCUCGGGAUUUGUGCCACAGAGUGAUAGUCUGAUCAAUGCUCUGACCGUUGAGGAACAUCUAAUGUUUAUUGGGUUACUCAAAUAUUCCCGGAAGAUGCCACAGACUCGAUUGAAGAACACAAUCAAGAAAAUUCUCGUUCAACUCGGACUCAGUUCCCUAGCUUCCUCGAGAAUUGGUACUUUGUCCGGAGGUGAGAGAACGAAACUAAAUGUAGCCACAGAGUUACUAGGAGAGCCCUACUUCUUGUUUUGUGACGAGCCUACAACCGGAUUGGACAGUUUCAAUGCCCUUUUAGUCAUAAAGACCCUGAGAAAUCUUUGUGGGAUAGAUCAAAGGGAUAACACAAAUUUCGAGAUGGAAAUCGUGACAUCGGAGGAAAAUCUUUGGGAACCACAAUCACAGGCCUUCCCUAAAGGUGUUGUGUGUUCGAUUCAUCAACCAACUUCUGACAUCUUCCACUGCUUUUCUCACAUUAUCCUUAUACGUGAAGGAAGAAUUGUAUUCCAAGGAACCACAAGAGACGCUGAAGAAAAGUUUCGUGAAGCUGGGUUUAUUUGUCCAGAAAAUUACAAUCCUAUUGAGUAUUACGUGAAGAUCAUAUCCCAACAACCAGGGCUUGAUCUCACGACCAAAGAAACCCGAUCACGAGUUUUAAGAACAGUGAAUUGGAAGGUGAUUUGUGAAAGUAAACUUCCUACUUUGUGGAUUCUUCAGGUUUUCUACCUCCUGAAGAGAUCAAGUAUAGUGGCACGACGAUCAAUGAAGGAAGUGAUCAUCAGAAGCGUAAUCUAUAUGAUCUCAUCUAUUUUUGUUGCACUUUUCUAUCAGAGCGUCACAGGAAGGACACAAACUUCUGUCCAGGACAUUGAAGGAGCAAUCUUUAGCCUCUGUGUAGAAGUUAUUUUUAUGAAUUGUAGCUCAGUGAUCAUGUUAUUUUGUCCACAAUUAGCAAUGGUUCGGAGAGAGACUGGAGAGAAAUUGUUCAGUAUCUCGGCUUUUUAUACAGCUGCAGUUUUAGAGCAGAUUCCCAGGGCCUUCAUUGACUCUUUUAUCUUCGUGGGCAUUGUAUAUGCGUCACUGGAUUUUUUCGGUGAUAUCUGGACAUAUAUCCUGAUGUCUCUAAGUUGUUCCAUCGCUGCUGUGGCUUCAAUGGCAUAUGGGUUUAUGAUUUCAGGAAUAUUUGUAUACGAGAAGAUCGUGAACGAAAUCACUGCGCCUCUGGAUGCCAUGGUGAUGCUUGGCGGAUUUUACGUUAACGUGAGCAGUUUUUUCUAUCUAAAAUACACGUCGCUCUUUUUCCUCAUUACGGAAGCCAUGUCUGUGCAGUAUUGGCUUGAAAUUGACUACAUUGAGUGCUCAACGCCAACAAAUUGCCUUAGAAAUGGAACUGAUGUUCUUAACUACUACUCCUUUGGUACUGAUUCAACGGCAAUCUGGGGAGAUUACUUGGGUUUAGGUAUCUGGUUCACAAUAUCCCACAUUUUGGGACUCCUUGGUUUAAAACGGUACACUCAAAAGGAAGGUUUUUAUUAAAGAUUAAUUUAUGCUGAGGAUGGUGCGAUAUAAUGUAAAUAAAAAUUAAUUCUGUAUUUUUAAA